AUGUCGUUUUUCAUUCCAAACAAGAAUGUUGGCAACAAGGAGGAGAGUGAAGACUGGAGGAUCCGUGGAUACAACCCCCUCACGUCUCCCGAUCUCCUUCAACAUGAGAUCAGCCAGACCCCCGAGUCUAGGCAGACGGUGAUGCAGGGCCGCGAGGAGGCAGCCGCUGUUGUCAAUGGCAACGACCCCAUGAACAGGUUGCUCGUCAUUGUCGGGCCGUGCUCCAUCCAUGAUCCAGAUGCCGCCCUCCAGUACUGCGACAUGCUCGUCAAGGAGAAGGAGAAGCACAAGGACGAGCUGCUCAUCGUCAUGCGAGCUUACCUGGAAAAGCCCCGGACGACCGUCGGCUGGAAGGGUCUCAUCAACGACCCCGAUAUCGACAACAGCUUCAAGAUCAAUAAGGGUCUUAAGAUGUCCCGCCAACUGUUUGUCGAUCUCACCAGCAAGGGGAUGCCGAUCGCUUCGGAAAUGCUCGACACCAUCUCACCCCAGUUCCUCGCCGACCUCCUAUCAGCAGGCGCAGUCGGCGCCCGCACCACCGAGAGCCAGCUCCACCGCGAACUGGCCUCGGGCCUGUCGUUCCCCGUCGGCUUCAAGAACGGCACCGACGGCACGCUGGGCGUCGCCAUCGACGCCAUCGGUGCUGUCAAGCACCCCCACCACUUCCUGUCGGUGACCAAGCCGGGCGUCGUCGCCAUCGUGGGCACCGUCGGCAACGAGGACUGCUUUGUCAUCCUGCGCGGCGGCAAGAAGGGCACCAACUACGACGCCAAGAGCAUCGGCGAGGCCAAGGAGGCCUUGGUCAAGGCCGGGCUCAGGCCGCGCCUCAUGGUUGACUGCAGCCACGGCAACUCGCUCAAGGACCACCGCAACCAGCCCAAGGUCGCCCACGAGCUGGCCGAGCAGAUCAAGACGGGCGAGGACGCCAUCAUGGGUGUCAUGAUCGAGAGCAACAUCAACGAGGGCAAUCAGAAGGUGCCCAAGGAGGGCAAGGCCGGGUUGAAGUACGGUGUCAGCAUCACGGAUGCAUGCAUCUCAUGGCAGGACACUGUUGCAGUGCUUGAUGAACUCGCAGCUGCUGUCAAGCAGAGGCGGGAGGCUGCGCAAAAGUGA